AUGCAAGUCAGAUUGAUAGCCUGUAUAAGAAAAGCAAACCAAGAACACACAAACAUCAUGGCAUCAAUCUCUGCUCUCUUCUGCACUUGCAUGAUGAUGAUGAUGGUCAUGUUGGUCACUACCAAUGUGCCAGUUGAAGCUGCGAAGGAGUUCAAAGUUGGUGGUGAUAUGGGUUGGGUUCUACCUGAUGCUAACAACUCUGCAACCUAUAACCAGUGGGCUUCAAGGAACAGAUUUCACAUUGGAGAUUCUCUCUCUUUUGAGUACCAGAAUGAUUCAGUUCUUGUGGUGGACAAAUGGGACUACUACCAUUGCAACACAACCGAGCCUAUCACUUCCUUCAGCAAUGGAAAGAGUGUCAUCCAGCUUGAUAGGUCUGGGCCUUUCUACUUCAUUAGUGGGGACACUGACAACUGCAAGCAUGGCCAGCGGUUACUUGUUGAAGUGAUGUCUAUGCACAUGCACCAUAUCCCUCCAUCUCCUCCAUCAAUUGCCUUUCCCCCUGGUUCAGACACCGGGACUGCCCCCGCGUCUUCAGCAAUCAGCACCGCUCCUGCUCCAUCACCAAGUUCAGGAAUUCAAAUUUCAGCCACACUUGGUUCAGUCUCUAUGGCUCUUAUUGCCAUCUCUUUUAUUUUUCUAUGGUUUGAACCAUAG